GUUUUCUUGGCGGCAUCGGAAGCGCCGAAAUGCCGCUGAAGUCGACUCUGCCCGCAUCGGCUGGUUGCGCCACACCCCAGCCUCGUCCGAGCGCGACCACAGAGUCUCGCGCUCUCCCGUCAGCCUCUUCGCCUCCGCUUUUUACCUUUAGCAGCAAAAUCGAAUCUUGCCGUUUCUCCAUCAACACCGGCUUGUCGCUAUCCCGUACCCCAUCGUCGCGUCACCUUUUCGGCGAUCACGCUCUUUUUUAUAUGGUCCUGGGAGGGGCGCUUCUUUUGUGAAUUAAUUUUACGAAGCUUGAGGAAAGCAUUUUUGUAAAUAUGGGCAUCCCUAUGUACCGCGAGCCAUCGUCAACUGAGGCCACUAAAAACAACGCUGCCAAAGACCCUUGUGCUGCCGCUCGCUCUGCAAUUCGUCGCCAGGCCACUGUUCGCCGCCCCUCGCGUUAUGGCAGUUCUGCUUGGCGCAGUGCGAGCCUACGCUCGCCGUUUCCUCGUCCAUUAGCAGAUGAGUUAGAGCGCGAGGCAAGCGGAUUGCCGCGUCAUCCGCGUUCCCCCGCUUCGAUCCCCGCUCCCCCAAGCGACCCGUUUGAUCUCAACAGCAGCCUGGCUGACAAUAGUCGGCGCGAAGCUGGGCUGCGAAUCCUUGGUGAUGCUAUCCGUCAUAACCGACCAGGUCAGCGGCUGCGAAUACCUCGAACCUCCAAUCUGGCCGACUUGAACGCGCGCCUUGCUAGUGAUGCGAAUGCCCGGCAGGAAGCUCAGGAUCAUAACCCUUUUACGCCCCGUUUUGCUCCAGCUAUUGCAUACCAUAGGUCUUCAACACCUUCGGCCGGACCAGAUUAUCUUCGCUUGUCACCUAUGCCGCGACAUGAUGGCCCUGGGGAAGAUCUUCACGCCGGGUCUUUUUUACCAUUAUUGCGUCGUUUUGGACACCGCUCGAUCAAUGAUGCGAAUUUAACAAACCGGGGACCAUCCAUUGAUGGCUUGGGCGAUCGGCAAAGAAGCGUGGACCUGGAAGACGAUCAUGCAAAUGAUGCCUGGGAGACUCUCCUGACCACAAUAGCACCCGAUACCAACCUCCCUAGUGCCGAUUCGUCCUUUACUUCUGCGUCUGCCUCAGGGACUAAUGGAUCGCAUAAUGCAACCUCGAGUUCUGCGACAUCACUCGAGUCUCUCCAGAGCUCUUUUACCGGUGCCGUUCCAACAGUUCAUAUGACACUCGACCCCUACCAAGAAUAUUCGAAUCCGUGUGACUACUCUAGCGAUUCGGAUACCGAAUCGGACGGCGAGAUUACCCAAGAAUCACUAUUUCGACGCUAUCGUCGCCGUAUGCGCCAGGUCGAUUCGAUGAGACGCGCACAUAAUCUCCAAACCAUGGGCAACCUACCUUCUAUGCCUUCUAUGCCUUCUAUCGCCUCCUCUAAUCCACCUCCUAUUCCCACAAUAUCCUUUUCAUUUUCGGAUUCUUCGGGAGACCAGGACCUGCACCACAUGCAGGCUAUCCUGGAUCGUCUUGCUCGUCGCGAGGAUGUUCCUGAUGACUGGUGGGCAGCAGCUGGACUGUCUCGUCCCCUUGGUCAAAGAGGAGGUGCAGGUGACGAUUCAAACGAUGGUCCUGGUCUGGAUGGCCCUGUUUAGACAAAGAUGAGAGAUAUCGCUUUUUUUUUUCUCCUUUUCUCUUCUCUUAUCAUGUGUUCAUCAUAUAGUUUAUUUUUGUACUUCCUGCGGCAGAUUUUUGCUAUCCGCAGAUUUUAGCGAGAGGGAUAUCAUAGUGGCGUUUGGAGGAGUUUGAUGUUGCACAGUAUCUUCACCUAUUUUGAAUACUUAUGGUGGCGUCGGGCCGGGGAUUGUUUCAUUGUAUGUAUAUAUUCAAGUAUGACUUCAGUCUGUUGGUUUGAAACCGCCACAAAAGCAGAUUGAGAGCGUCAAUGGCAUGG